UUGAUUCAGACCGGUUUCCUCACUUAACCCUUUUCCUGUCGUCGUCGUCGCAGCAGCUGAACCCUCGUUACUCUACAGACUAAUAAAUAAAUUAGUUCUACGAGGACGCAGCCUCAUGAGCAGGAUGGACCGGUGGCUCCUUUGUUGGCUGGUCCUGUCUUUGAUGGCUCUAAACACCACCUGUUCAGGAAACAAUCGGAACAGUAGUCCGGAUAAAAAUAAGGAUCAAUACUUAGGUCCAGAUCCAGCUCCCGCUCAUGUUCGAAAUCAAGAUUCGGAAGAGGACAUAAAUCAAGAUUCUGAGGAGGAAGGUAACAAAAAUUCAGGUCGGGAGAGUCAUCAAACUUUAGGUGAUGAUAGUCAGGCUCAAGAAAGGGGUGACGGUCAUCCAAGUCCAGAUUCAGGUGGGCAUAUAAAUCAAGGUUUAGGUAAGAAUCCAAAUCGAGAAUUAAAUCCGUCUCAAGAGCCAGAUUCUGGUCGGGAUGGUCGGGAUGGUCGGGACUGUUCUGACGGUUCAUGUCAGAAUAACAGUCUGGGUUCAGGAAGCAACAAACGUUUCAGUCCAAAUGGGACUAGAGGUCAGGACGAAAUAAAAACAGCGGACCAGUAAAUCGUCAGAAUCGUUGUCAAAGAACAGAGACAGCAGGGAUUAGUGAGGCCAUAACGUGUAUGGAGAAUGUCAACAGCAUUUUGAGAAAUGGAAACCGCCAGGACACCAUCGAAGCCAUGGAGAGCUUGGAACAGGUUCUAGAAGCAACGGAGGUGAACGAGACGUCAUCCAUGUCUCGCGACAAUGUGGUCGUGUUCCUGCACAGACCUAGAGGAUCCUUUGCAGGUCUUCAGAUUUCUGCGAGUAACAGUGAGGCCACAUCAGAUAUGGCCGUCACCAACAGCAGAGUGAAUGUUCGCCUGCCCAGCGAGAUUAAUGUUGGAUUAAACACGGUGGUGUUCUUGAUGCUUACGUUGCCUGGAACAAACAAGACCUCGGAGGUUUUAUAUGAGAACAGACUGGUUGGCCUGAGUGUGAGUGGAAGGAAUAUUUCCGGACUGCAGGACCGAGUCAACAUCACCAUGAAUUCUGCUGCCAUGAAUGAGACCCAAAGGCCCAGCUGUGUGUUCUUAGACUUUUCAACACAGA